CUAGGAGAACAAGCUGGAGGUGGAGGGAACCAGGCGGCUAGGAAAGAACCCGAGCCACAUACUGGAGGAGGAGUUAACCUGAUUUUUGUCAUCAUACCUGCCGUGGCAGCCUUUGUGAUUACGGCUGUCGUGGUUUUUGUCGUUGUAUAUCGCAGAAGGUAAUGUUUCUGAUUGAUUGAUUGAUUGAUUGAUUGAUCGAUUGAUUGAUUGAUUGACUGAAUGAUUCAUGCAUUCAUUCAUUCAUUCUUUCAUUUAUCCAUCAAUCCAUCCAUCCAUUCAUUCAAUUAUCUUUUAAUGAUGACGACAAGCAGGCAAAUAACACAAUCUGAAAGUUCCUGUUAAGGAAUAUAUCACUGCUUCUAGUCGGUUUAUCUUCAAAAUCAUCUUUCUUUUCUAGCUCCAAGACAAGAUCGCGGGACUAGAAAAUACGGAAAACGAGAACAGAGUUAUGCCUAAAGUGAAUUAGAAUUGAACUGAAUUCUUUUUUUUUAGUCAUUGCUUGUGAAGAAUGAUGCCCUUGACUGAAUAGUCCUUUUAACAAAAAAAAUCAGUUUCUUUUGUUCCCACUCGGCUAUUUUGAUGUAGCUUUUUUUUUUCACGCGGAGAACAUCUCAGCUUCGGCCAUUAUCCUCCGAUGCACCAGUAGCCUGAGGUGCAAUAAUUUUUGUUGUUGGUAAAGUUUGCAGAUAUACGAGUUUAUUAUAUGGAGGAGAGUGUUUUACUGGGAACUAAACCACUCGUAGAUGCCAUACGCCACUUCAUCCGGGACCCGAGUGGCGUAUUUUCGUAUGUCACCUUUGUGAGUGUCGUAUCGUUCAGUGACGUCACGAUUCCCGCCUUUUGCUUUUGUUGAAUUGGUUGCUCCAUAUAAUAAAAAGAAUAUUACACGGUGGCGAGAAGAUAUGAAUUUUAUGUUCUCGUGGCAAGAACAAUAUCUUACUCGUUCGCUUCGCUCACUCGUGAGAUAUUGUUCUUGCCACUCGAACAUAAAAUUCAUAUCUUCUCGCCACCGUGUAAUAUCCUCUAUAUAUGUUACUAUGAUAUUGUGCUCAGCAUAAAAAUCCGGCAAUCUUUUUUUUCCCUUUUUCUAGGUUAUCUUAUUUACAAGACAAGACAAGAGAGAAUGACCAUUUUCUCUUGGACGAGAUUACUCCUCCUGACAAGUGGGAAAUUCUGCCUGAGCAAAUAGAGUUUGAUGAAGAGCUGGGGAGAGGAGAAUUUGGUGUUGUUUACAAGGCAAUCUUUAGAAAGAGUGACGAGAUGGAGGCGUUCGUCACUGAGACUUCAAAAUGGCCUGUAUCAAACAGGAAGCCGAAAGCACCACACCUGGUGGCUGUCAAAGUUUUACAUGGUAAGAAAUACUGACUGUUAUCUUCAUAGACAAAGGCAUAAAGUCUUAACUCCCUUUCAGUCCUCUUCAUACUGCAAAAAAAAUAACUGUAGGAACCCUUUUGGAUUUAAGUAACUCUUUGGGAACUUUAAGAUCUCAACGCAAUUUUAACAGAAAAAAAAAAACUCGACUCUUUUCGAAGACGUGAUCGCAUGAUAUUAAAACAAAUAACACCACCUAAAGACAUUGCAUUUUUAAAAUCGGGAUUGUUGGAAGUACAAGUAAUUUGUGGUUUCUUUAUUCACUGUGUAAGUGUGAAAAAAAUAAUAAAGGCUGUUAAGUUCCAAAAAAGUAGGUUUAAGCCUAUUAGCUCUAAACAAAUGCAUCUCUUACGAAUUUACAUUUCCCCAAAACCAAAAAAAGUAAAUUGAUCUACAGAGCCUGAAUUAAAGCCGAUAAUGAAAAUAAAUGUUUACAAUGCAGCCUUUAGUCAAUACAUGUAUGGCAACUAUUUCUGAAGGAUCGGAUGCAUUUGAUUAUUUUGUCUCCCCUUUUUGUGACCCAUGUUGCCCAGUUUACACCGCAAGUCAUUUGAUAAUGAGGAGAAGGGAAAAAAAAUCAUGAAACUGAGCUACGACAUCACCCUGCUGAAGGUUAGACCCAGGGGGUACUCUCUUAUAGAAGCCAUACAAGUGUGAGCGGGGCCGAAGGACAUGGUUGUUGACCCCUUUAUGUGUGAAAUUGGGAAAAGAUUUCCACUAUUUGGGAAAAACAGAUAAAACGUGAAACAGGAUUGGGCUGCCUUGUACCUGGUCUGUAUUUAUUUUAUUCUAUUUUCUUGUUGGUUUUUUAUUUAUUUAUUUAUUUUUCUACCUACCUACCUACCUACCUACCUACCUACCUAUCUACCUAUUUUUGUUUUCAUUCGCCUUUUAUGAACAGCGAUUUAAGGUAGUGAGGGAAUCCACAUAGUGACAUCACACCGCCACCCGAAUUUUCCAGGAGUACCUCCCGGGGCUGCUGGGAGGGUGCAUGCAGUGGUAGACUAAAAAUAAUAACAAUUGUGUGAAUAUUUCUCGAUAUUCUAUUACUCGGUAGAAUACAUCUUUAAAUACCCUUGUGCAUUAGAGGAUGAGUGGGAAGCGGUAAAAAUGGACGAAUAUGUUUUUCAAAUGAAAUAUUUUGCACUGAAUAAUGCUGAAGAAUAACGAUAAUAGAAUCAAUGUCAUUUUAUUUCAUUAUCUUAAGAUAAUCCAUCUGAAGCACAGAAAGCAGAGUUCACGUUUGAGAUUGAACAGAUGAAGCUGUUGGGUUCACAUAAGAACGUUGUAUCCAUGGUUGGAUGCUGUAAGCUUCAGGAGAAAAUGUUCCUGGUUGUAGAAUACGUUCCGUGUGGUGACCUGCUGACGUGGCUACGCCGCAGAAGAAAAAGGGUAAGGAGAUGAACAAUUAUACAAUUAGUUUAUAACGAAAUUAUUAAGAAACAUGUAUAGGCACAGGCGACCCAAACUCACGUUGCGAGGGAAUGGUGUAAUGCAAUUUACAUACCAUAGGUGACGCGAAGGUGUCGCGUUACAGGCGACCGUUGAAAAUAUCAGAGACUUUGUAUGAGAAAUCAGAAGCAUAAUAACCCCGAAGCGUGUAACUCUGUCGCAAAGCUCGGGUUUUUUAGGGAACCAAUCAAAAUUUACUUCCUAAUAUGGAAUUACUGAUAAGCGAGAUUGUCGCGCGAAACUUGUAUCGCGAUGUAAAUGAAGCGGCGCAAAAAGUGUUUAAUACAGGGUAAUAUUUUACGAAAAACGGAAUACAGUAUUAAUCCCUAAAUGACCUCAAAUGACCAGGACUGAGUUAGUUCCUCCUAACAAGACAAAGUCGACUACAAAUGACAUGCACCGUAAGAGAAGCGAUUUCUUAAAGUUGUUACUUCAAAAACGGUUUUUGCGUGACCAUUAGCCCAAACAACCUUUAAAAAAUCACUUACUAUCUAUCUAGAAUAACUAGUAACACAUUUUCAAAUAAAAUUAAGUAGUUGCUGAACUCGAAAGUAAAAAUUGCAUAAAAUUCGCUGACAUCUUCGCAGAAGUGAUGCGUCUAAUAACACUUAAUUAGAUGCCGGCGAUCAUGUUUUCAACUAAUGUUAUGGAUGAACAAACAGAAAACAAUAAACGGACAUAUUGUUUCUUGAAAAUUUUUAUUCGAAAACCCAUAAGUUUACCAUUACAGUCAAACCAAGUCAAGCGUACUCCCCAUGAUUCUAUUAAUGAAUGGAUUAUUUGAAAAAUGAAUCCGUUAGUCGUUCCCGUAACUGGUGUCAAAUUCAAAGCGGCAUUUCUGCAUGCGUAAUGAGCAGUGAAUAUUUUACGAGAACUUCUCUGUAUUUGGUCAGAUUGGAAAUCUUUGAAUGGAUUAAGCUUCUUAGAAGACAUUUACAUCAAUUUCAGGAAAAUGGAGCAGGUAGAAAUUUCAUAACUGCCUCGCGUGUGAAUUCACGGCUCAUUACACAUGCAAGAAUGCAGAGAUCAAUCUGAAAUCUACAACUAGCAACGGAUUCAACUUUUGAAUAAUAAAUUCAUUAAUGUAUUCUUGGGGGGUACGCUUGACCUGGUUUGACUGUAAAAGCAAUUCACGUAACACUGACUGGAUCGUGGAUCUGUUCCCACAAGUAAAAUCGGCUACAUGGAUUAUGAAAUUUGGCACUUACACGACAGGUGCAAGCACUCGCUUUUUCAGAGUGCAAGAGCCUAGUCGUUGACGUGUCAUUUGCGCCCUGUCACCCGUCGUGUAAGUGCCAAUUGUCAUAAUGCAAAUUAGUUGGUAAGCGCGACAGUGGUCACAGGCACUGGACGAAAGCCAGACGUGCCUCGAAGUCCGGCACAAAUGGCUCGAUUUAAUGGGGAAAUUAUGGAUCUUUUUUCGAGCCGAUCUCCCAGAGAGGAAGAAGAGGUUUCCCUCAUAGGCCGGAGCUAAAAAAUUUGCAGCGGAUUUGGAUUUCGGCGAAAAAAACGGCAUUCUUGUUGCGACUGGUCCAGGACCCCGACAGAUCGAAGUGACCAGCCUUCACUUCAUUCUAUGAAAGUAGUAACAGUGGUUACGCAAUCAAGCCAAAAAAAAAAAAAAAACAGUAAAACGACAAACAGACACCAAAACGCGGUGGAAUAAAUUGCAGGUAAGUCUUUUUUAUUCAAUUCAUUUAAGAAAAAGUAAGGUUUAGCUUUAUUUAGCGUGCGCAUAUCUCAUUAAUAUAUUUCUCAUACAAAGUCUCUGAUAUUUUCAACGGUCGCCUCUAACGCGACACCGGCGCGUCACCUAUGGUAUGUAAAUGACAUUACACCCUUCCCUCGCAACGUGAGUUUGGGUCGCCUGUGGUAUAGGGAGACAACAUUACGAAUAUAUUUUGGUACUAUCUGAAGAUUUUGUACAGCUUUUUUUAAGCAACUGGAGUUACUUCAAAAUUAAAAAAGCAUUUUAAUGAUAAUACUAACAAUAAUAAUUAUUUAAUAUUUAUUACCAUUAUUAUUUUUGUUUUAAUGGUAUUUCAUCCUUGGGUGUAACAACAUAGAGAUGGUAUUAAAAUCCUCCUUACGAAUCUUAGGCCCGUUUCAAGCGUCGUGCUACUGCCGUGCCGAACUCAAUUGAUCGAAUUAAAUUCGACUUUAGCACAGUAGUAGCUCGACUUGGUUUCUAACGUCGUGCUACCGCCGUGCCGAACUCAAUUCAUGAAUUAUCAUUACAUUAGAAUAUAUUUAAAAGUUUGCUAAACCGUUUCUUUAUUUUUGUGUUUUGUCUUUGGCAACAGCCGUUCCAUUCGACUGUCAUUGUGUAAACUAAAUUCGACAUCUGAUACCAAGUCGUGCUAAUGUCGUGCUGCAGUCGAGCUACCGUCGAGCCAGCUCAGCACGGCAGUAGCACGACCUUUGAAACAGGCCUUAGUCCAUAAAACCUGGUGUGCCUCGAAUUAGGCGCCGUAAUCUAGUAUGGAGAUAAUAGCUUUUGACUCUUGGAUCGCUUGAAGCCAUGCAGACGUAAAGUACCUUUUUUGUUACUUGCUUGAUGUUUAGAUCAAAGAACUUCAAGCUACCGAGAGAUCUUAUGCUGACAAAGAGGUUCUGAAAGAUCAGAGAGAGACCAGAAAUCAUGUAGGCUUGUAUAUAAACUGUAGUUUAACUUUCCAUACUAGCUCUGUCCUAAAACGUUUAUUAUCCAGACUGCUUGUUUGUUUUAUGUCUGGUUGUCGUAGAAUGGUUUGCACGUAACAUAAUCAUAAUUCAAAAUAAAGAACUAGAAAUACGUGUAUCGCAGAACCUCGCGAAGCUCGGGGGUGUGGGAAGCCCAUAAGGGGUGGGAGGACGGGAGAAAAAUGAAGUAAAUCAUGUAACUGGGGAGGGCGGGUCUAAUAUUGGAAGCUGAGAUGUACUUUUUAAAAAUUUGAACCCAGUGCUCUGGCUUUAAAAGGAUCUUCUGAGAUUUAAAUGGGGUUGAUGUUGUUAGCCAAUGCUGCAUAGGUCCCAUCCCACGUUCACCCCAGUUGACCCUCCUACAUGUGUAAUGAUGGUCAAAAGGAAAUGGGGGUGAUAGUGGAUAACUGAUGACUAAUAUGCAGUUGCAUUUGCUUAAUAAAAGCUCACCCUUAAAUAUAAUAAUUAUUUGUGAAAUGUGUCAGUAGUAGUGAGUGGAUGACAAUGGUAGGAGAUGAAUGCUGCAGUGAAAACAACAACUAAAUGCUGGUAAAUUAUUGGAGAAAAAAUUUAUUGUUAGGUGAACUACAACUAUAAAAGUGUUUGCACUUUUUUGGUACAUGAUCAGACUUGACAACUAUUGUUUGUAACAGUAAAGUGCAAACAUAAUCACUGAAAUAGAAAAUUACAAGUAGCAAUGUCAUUAAGGAUGCAGUUCAUGAGAAUUAUUAAAGUGAUCAUGACUUAUGAUCAUUGAAUAUGCGGGCAUUCAUCGUAAAGCACUGAAUCCAUGUAAAAAGUACCAAUUUCUUAUCACCUAGGCAAGUGUUCAGAGUUAUUCGUGUACAUGCAUAAAAAAACAAAUACCUAUACAAGAGUGAAUUUGUAUGAAAUGCCCACAAACAAGUCAUGUUGAAGGUGAUCAGUUUCUCCAUUGGUGUCCAUUCUAAACAAGCAUGAGCUUGUUGAGCAGUGCCAGAGCCAUAGAUUUUUAAUUUCCUAGACUGAGACGAGUCAAAUGAACAUUUUCCCUGUAUUACACCCAUUUAUCGUGAAUGUAAAGCUAAGUGCAGGAUGGAUUGAUCUUUUAAAAAUGGGAAACCCCGGCAAUUUUUUUAUAUCUGCUUGCAUGUCGUUUAAUUUCUUGAAGCAAUCUCAAUCUUCUUCUACAUUUUAUAUAUCUUCUAUAUAUUAAAGAAUGAUAAUGGUUACACGAAGAAAAUGGCCAGUACUGGACCAAUAAUUUAAUAAGGUUUUCGUUUUUGUUUUUUGUUUUUUUACAAAGGAAGGUAAACCUGCUAAAGAUCGGACAAAGUGGGAGCAGCAGUUGAACGAAAUUUCGUUAUCAGAAAAAAGCAUUAAUGAUGAAGUCCGACAGGACCUGGCGACGACUCUUCAAGGCCGUCCUGUAUGAAGGAAAUACCUAAAUAUUUCAUUGAAUUUAUUUUUCUUAAAUUUAUAUAUCGUUAUCAAAAGAAAGCAAUGAUGAUGUGCGACAGGAUCUGUCGUCGACUUUUCAAGGCAGUCUCGUAGAAAAGAAAUACAUAACAACGUCUUUUUUUUUCUUAAAUUUAAUUAUAUUGAACGUGGAUAAGGCAUGCAGACAAUGAGCGGACGACAGUGCUGCCAUGAAGGCUGGAAAAGUGACUCUGUUGGGGGGGAUUUUGCUAUCUGAAUGAACAUUGUAUCAAUGUCAAUGUUAAUGAGUUCCUCAAGAGAUGAAUUCACCCUUAAGUAGCACAACUCCGUGACACAUGUUUCUGUUGGUUUCCGGCAGCAAUGUUAGUGACCAUCCGGAUGGGCACCAACAAUGCGUCUCCAUAUAAAGCUCUAUAAAUUUAGGUAAAAAAAUUCUCAAAAAUUUCUCGCGCAUGAAAAAUUGCACAGACCUGAAUCUUGGCGACCCGGAAACAUAUAAAUGGAAGAAAGUAAAGGGUCUAAGAUCUGAAAUAGAUAAUUUGCCAAAACUAAAAAUAAAAAUUAUCGCACUGUCACUUUUGGUCGUUAUCGCAAUGUAUUUUUCUACAUGUAAAUGUCAUCGCCAUUUUCUUUAAUCAUUUAGCAAAGUUUGGCGGAUGAGUAUGAAGUUAAGGAGGAUCAACAUUCUAUACACCAAGACCAAGAAGACAUUGCAGUGUCUCCGCAACAAAGCAACAAAGAUGCCGUUCUUGAAGUGAUUCCAUCAACUUCCACCGAAGUAGACGUAAGACGAAAACAAAAACACCAUAAUAAUUAAAUAUACACUAACAAAGAAGAUGAUCAACUCUGGAACUAAAUGGAAAGAGAAGUAGCAUGACCAUAAAACAUGAUAAAAAUGUGAGAUGAAAUCAUCAUUUAAAACAGAAAACAUCUGCAUGUUGCUAAUAUAAUUUGCUGUAAAAUAAUGCAUUAUCGGGUUUUGAACCUGGCAAGCAAUCGAUAAUAUCGUUAAAAUAGUUAAAAACGAUAGCGCUGACAAUUGAUUUUCUGAUAUCGAUUUUUAUCGAUUGCGCUAGUCAAGUGUGAUAUGCAAAAGUUGUCUCUUGAUUUUAUGAUCCGGGAAGCGAGAAGCGCCUCUGUAUGAAAGAAUUAGUUAAAUAUAAAGACGUUUAGAAAAAUCAGAGAGAGGUUUGGGAAUCAAGUAGACUUUCUACAAAACUAAAUUUGGUAUUGAUCAGGCCUAGUAAAGGUCCGGCUGAUCCUCACUGGUUUGUCGUUGUGGUUGUGCCUUUUUAUAAGUGUUUCUUAUACCACAAAACGUAAUCAUGAGUUAAUUUUCAAAUUUAUUUAUUAAGACUAAGUACGUUUUACCUAGAUUUUUGUCCUGGCAUCGGUAGGUCAUCUGGUUGUUGUUGAACUUUAGUCUUUAAUUCACCGAAAUUCAUUCCAUAGAGCAACAACAGAGUGGAAAUUUGAGGUAUACUUGAAAGGAUAGAAUACAAGAUUCCACGAUAUAUCAUAUAAAAGAAUGGUAAUGGUUAAACGAAGAAAAUGAGGCAAUCAAUAAUAUCGUUAAAAUAGUUAAAAACGAUAGCGCUGACAAUUGAUUUUCUGAUAUCGAUUUUUAUCGAUUGCGCUAGUCAAGUGUGAUAUGCAAAAGUUGUCUCUUGAUUUAAUGAUCCGGGAAGCGAGAAGCGCCUCUUUAUGAAAGAAUUAGUUAAAUAUAAAGACGUUUAGAAAAAUCUGAGAGAGGUUUGGGAAUCAAGUAGGCUUUCCACGAAACUAAGUUUUUUUGUAGAAAAGAAAUACUUAACAAGUUCUUUCUACAUUUAAAUGUCAUCGCCAUUUUCUUUAAUCAUUUAGCAAAGUUUGGCUGAUGAGUACGAAGUUAGGGAGGAUCAACAUUCUAUACACCAAGACCAAGAAGACAUUGCAGUGUCUCAUCAACAAAGCAACAAAGAUGCCGUUCUUGAAGUGAUUCCAUCGACUUCCACCGAAGUAGAUGUAAGACGAAAACAAGAACACCAUAAUAAUUAAUUAUUCACUAAUAAAGAAGAAUUUGCCUCUAGGGCGCUUAUUUUGCUUACGUUUCACGUUAGAAGGACACAACGUGAUCUUGGUGUUCCUGUGCCAUUAAUGUGUUUCGUCGAUGGUGUACCUUUUCUGCGCUGUCUUGGAUUUGCGUUUCAGCGUCUUGUUUCCAUUCUCUUGAGCUACUUUCAGUUGCGGGCUUAUGACGUCCAGAACGAUGGCUGAUAUAAGGAAUCGUCUAGGAAAAUGGUGUGUUGUUUUUAAUCAGUACCACGUGUAUCAUCAGGUGGCCGAGGCUUUCUGGGUAAACAUCAAACUGUGGGCGUGGAUUUUCAUCCUAGGCUUGAAAACAGUACCCUGGACCCAAAGCAAAUUUUAUCUAGCUCUAAACUGGUCAAUUUAAAGUUACUUUCAAUAGAUAAUACUUGUAUAAGCAAAUUAUGUUAUUUUUAUCUUUUUAUCCGUUAGUUACUUAUUUACUAACAAGGAAAGUAAUUACUUGAAAGCUAUGCUGUUUCAAGCUAAACCAAAAAUUUGAUAUUUUUUUUCAUCAAUUUAAUUAGGAUGAGGAAUUCAAAGUAAAUGACAAAGAACUUCUGACCAGGCCAUCGGCAUCACUAGGAAAAAAUCAAGCUUCUGCAAUGCCACUUUCAAUUGAAAACCUAGAGGAGUCAGGCGAGGAUCCUUGUGACGUAGAGGAGAACUUUUCUACCAAACAACUGUUUUCACUUGCCUGGCAAAUAGUUAAAGGAAUGGUAAUUAUCUUUGUUUUCUAGGUCGAAUGUUGCUUGGAUUCUGGUUCUAAGUAUAACUUGUAAAGAAGAAUUCAAAAGUCAAUGUUUUAUAAACAUGAAAUAGACGAGAUAAAUAUAUUGGCUGUUUUUCUAGAUAUGAGUACAUUAAGAUGGCUUAUAUGGAAAAAGUGAAACUAAGUGUUCUUUUCGAUCGACCCAGUUUUGGCUGAAUUCGUUUCGUUAUGCGUCUGAACGUAAAUAUCUGGAUCAGAUCGGUGCCGAUAUUUACUUUUCAUUUGGAUUUUUCAGCUAUACCUAACUACUUAGUGUACGGCGUACCCCCGUUAUUACGUUUUGAGAUAAUUUUAAUCGUUGUUUCAUUGCUUAUUUGUUACUAGAAUCAUCUCGCAGAAAACAACCUUGUUCACAGAGACCUUGCUGCACGUAAUGUCCUUGUUGGCCAUGACAACCAGAUCAAAGUGUCAGACUUUGGGUUGAUGAGACAAAUCUAUGAAGAUGUGAGCAGCUCAACGAAGUCCAAAAAACUUCCUGUAAAGUGGAUGGCCCCAGAAUCACUUUAUCAAGGCGUUUACACGACCAAAAGUGAUGUGUGAGUGAUGAGUUUUCCCGCUCCCUUGACAAAUGAACUAUUGAAACGUUUCUACUGAGUCACUUCUCACAAUUGUAGUUGCCAUAAAAAUUACAGAAGAAUAUAACUCUGAAGCGCCAAAAUUCUCCUUAUUUGUUUAUAACCAUGCUAAGGUUGGUUUUUAGCCGUCCAAUCAGAAGAACGGAAAAUUGUUUGCCCUAAUAUGGAAACAUAGAAUUGUAGGCAUCCCUGUCUAAAUAUGGCUAAAAAUGGAUUCUUCCUGUCCUUAACAAUUCUCCAAUUAAUAAUAAUAAUAAUAAUAAUAAUAAUAAUAAUAAUAAUAAUAAUAAUAAUAAUAAUAAGAAGAAGAAGAAGAAGAAGAAGAAGAAGAAGAAGAAGAAGAAGAAGAAGAAGAAUGAAUGAAUGAAUGAAUGAAUGAAUGAAUUUGUAUAGCGCAAAUUCCAUUCAAUGUUCAAAUGCGCUUCACAAUAAAACCAUACAGUGGGAAACUGGAUACAAUAACUAAUACUACUAUAAUAAUAAUAAUAAUAAUAAUAAUAAUAAUAAUAAUAAUAAUAAUAAUAAUAAUAAGAUAAUAAAACAAACUAAUGCUACUACUAAUACUAAUACUAAUACUGCCUAACAAUACUAAUGCUAAUAUGAUAUUGCGCAGCAGGUUAUGAUAAAAAUGCUAAACAAAAAAGGUGCGUCUUUAGCUUUGAUUUAAAAAUGUCCAACGACUUGGAGUCUCUGACUUCAAAUGGCAAUGCAUUCCAGAGUUUUGGUGCAGCUCAAGUAAACGACCUAUCACCAAGUGUCGAUUUAGAUAUAAAUGAGGGUUGCUUAAGCAAGAGGGUGUCACUAGAACGUCUCAGGUUAUAGCAUGACUGAGGCUUCAGAGAUAUCAGUAACUCCAAGUAAGUGAGAGCUGUGCCAUGCAAGAUCUUGAAAGUUAACAGAAGAAUCUUGAAUACAAUUCUAGAGUGAAUCGGUAACCAAUGCAACUUAAUAAGGAGCGGUGUUAUGUGACAAUCUACCCUCAGUAAAUAUCAGUCUAGCAUAGGCAUUCUGCACAAGUUGUAAUUUGAUCAAUGAGCAGUUUGGCAGACCAUACAAUAAACUGCUACUUUAGUCAAGACAAACUGAUAUCAAAGCAUGAAUAAGUGACUCUGCUGACUUGUUGGAGAGAUACUUCCGGAUCCGACGUAUGUUAUUCAAAUAGUAGAAUGAUGAGCUGCAAAUUUUCGAAAUAUGUUCCGUCAUAGAGAGACUGGCAUCUAACCCCUAGUCAAGGUUCCUAGCGACAGGCACAGGGUGAAUGCUGGUGUUACCCUCGCGAAUAUGAGUGAUAACUACCUUCUGAAGCUGUUGUGGUGUACCUAUUAUAAGAAGUUCAGUUUUUUCGUCAUUUAAGAUUGUCAUGCGACAUCCCAGAACGAGUAUUAGUAAUGCAACUUUCCAGUAACUCUUCAGCAUUAAGUUGAUCGAGCCUGUCGUUUGGGCAGAAUGAGAUGUAUACCUGCGUGUCGUCAGCAUAACAAUAAACCGUAGGAAAAUGAUGUUUGAUGAUCUCGAAGAGAUUGCUCUAACACAGAGUAAAUAAUAAGGGGCCCAAACAGGAACCUUGAGGGACACCACAUUGUAACCUGAAUUCUGCAGACAGUUUCUCAUUGAUGGCUAUUUGCUGAGACCUUUCAGACAGGUAAGACGAAAACCAGGAGAGGACUUUUCCAUUUAUACCAAAUGUGAACUGAAGUCGAUGCAGUGAAGUGUUGUGAUCGGCAGUGUCAAAAGCCGCACUUAAGUCGAGGAGAAGAAGCAGAGUGACACGUUGAUCGUUUAUGUUAAGGAGGAUGUCGUUAGUGACUUUGAGAAGUGUUGUUUCUAUGCUGUGUUUGGGACGAUAAGCUGAUUGCAGAACAGGGAAGAGAUCAUUGUUGAAUAAAUAAUGUUGAAGUUGCUUGGCGACCGCAGUCUCCACAAAGUUUUGAGGCAUAUGCGAGGUUACUCACAGGUCUAUAGUUCUUAAAGAUGAGGUCGACACCCUCCUUCUUUAGCAGUGGUUUAACAAAGCGCGCUUUCAGAUGAGAGGAAAAUAGCCUGAUUCCAGCGAAAGGUUAAUAAUUUUGUAAUUGGAGGAGGUAAUACAUCAAGACGCUCAGUAAAAAGCUUAGUAGGAAUGGGGGCCAGAGAACAAGUCGUCUUUGUAGAUGCUUUGAUUAGUUCAUGAACCUCGGUUUCAGAAAGAAGACGAAAUUCAGAAGAAGAGAGGCCAUCAAGUGCAAAGUGGGAUUCGCUAACAUCGGAAGUGCUACCUUGACGUGCAAUCUCAAGCCGAAUGAAGUUAAUUUUGUCACGGAAGAACUUGUCAAAAUCGUUAGUCAUUAAUUGAUUAAGAUCGGAAUGUAGAGGAAGACUGGCACACUUCGAUAGGUUAAGCAGUGAUUUACAUGCAGUGAACAGUCUCCUCUGGUUGAGACAGUUUUCAAUUUAAUUUUUCAAUUACAUCCAAAACUCAAAAGUACACGCAUUUUUGGGUUCGUCCACCACAAAUAAAAGGAGUUAAGAAAUAAACAGAGAAAUAAACAAUCUAAAUGCCGUGAAUCUGUACAUAUUUAUAAUCUCUUUGUUUGUUUGUUUUUUUUUCAUAGUUGGUCUUUUGGUGUUGUUCUUUGGGAAAUAGCCACCUUGGGUGAGUGGACGGUAAUUUUGCAGUUUAUUGUUGUCAUGUUAAAUUUGAGGUUAACUGACAAAUCAAAAAAACAUUUUUCAUGGUCUAUGACUCUUAUCGACCGUAGAAAUGAUGUCAAAAUGUUGAAAACUCAUGCACGACCCUCAGGAUAAUGGUUUUACACUGCAAAGUUUUGAGCUUUCCAAGGGAAUUAAGGGGACCGUGCCUUAACCCACCUUCCCCCUUUUGCCAUGGUGGGAUGUUGCUUAACUGUUACGAUUGUUAUCGAGGUUACUGCUACCAGCAAGGGCGAAAACAGUGUUUCAUAAUAUUUCGUUUGCGGCAAGUUUGAAUUUUCUUGUUUGAUCUGGCCUUUGUUUUAAUUGAUUAAGUGCUGUGAGACAUCUCCUAGAUGAUAACCGUAUGAUAACCGUAUGUGACAAUACAUAUUAAAUUUGCGAGCAUUUGAUCACUGGAAACGAGAAGCCUUAUUGUUAUAUAAUCACAUUGGCUAUAUAUCACACCUCUAUUCAAUCAACAAUUUUUGCAAAAUGCCCUUAUGGAGUUUAUAUGAGGAGAAACGACAAUCGACUAAGGCACCUUUAAUAGAAAUCUAUCCAAUGGAAAAUUGCGUGUAUUCAGUUGCCGAUAUGUAAUCAUUUGUUUUCUUUCUCGCAAUCAUCAGGAGGCGUACCAUACCCGUGCGACUGGUUGAGUCUCAACAUAGCUGACGAGCCAUGACCAAUAGCGUACCUUUCCGGACUGUACACGAGGCUACUGCACAUGCAAAGAACUAAUCUCACCAGAAUCUAUUAACAAACAGAUUCGAUUUCUUCUGUGCGCCUGCUCAGUUACAUUUCACACCGAACGGUGCAGCAUACGAAUUCGUCAAAUAUUUUAACGCCUUCUUUGAUCAUAUUAAAUACUGACCAGACGAACGGCAAGGGAAAGCGUUUGUUGGGAUCCUCACUCUUUGAACAAGAAAAUCCUCCAUUAGCUUUACGGUCAAUAACUGCAUCAUUAGCAGUGAUUAGGUUAAUCUUUUUCCUGUGGCCGGAGCGAGUAUUCCCCGUACUGGCAAGGCACCCCCCAAAAGGGGGACCUUUCUCAGUCUUCUGGUAUAGGAAGUUUGCUAGUCGAAGUAUAUGAAAGGGUAGGGAAAUCUGUCAUUUCGGUCUGUAAAAUGUAAAAUGCAAAAUAACAAACUAGAAAAUUUUCUCGACUUUUUCGACCAGAAAAGAUUUCUUGGCUGAGAAAAAGUCGAGAAAAGUUUCUAGUUUGUUAUUCCUUUUUUCAAAGGAAGUGCAUUUUUCAGCAAUUAAAGGGGAUAAAGUUAAAGUUCGUUUCUGUCAAAAAUGUCACUCAAAAGGAUAAGGGGUUGGACCUCGGGGCGGAGCUUUACAUAAUAAUGGCUGGAUGAAGGAAUGGGGAAUCACGUGAUAACCAAAACGUUCCAAGAGCCCAUUUUAAUGGGCUUUACGUGGAAGCUUCACCCAAAAGGAGUAUCUUUUUAGGCCACAUGUACAUGGAAAGGUAGGAAUUUCACGAGCUAAAAUGUUUGAAAUGGUAGGAAAUUUUGUAACUUCGGUAAUUUACACUGAAAGAUAUUUUAAACAGAUGUACUUUAUUGUAUGCUUAAUGUUAAGGGCUUAAUGGCUUAAAAAGCGAAGUAGUCGUACCAUUUUUCAAGGUAGGUAGGAAAGGAAUGUAUACGAAAGGGGUAUGUGUUCUGUCAAAAAUGCUGUAUAAAAAGGGUUGGACCUCAGGGUGGAGCCUCCCCGUAAACUCAUGAAGCUAAAAAGCUUCUUCUACCAAAAAUUUUACUUUUAUACCAAUAGACCUCUUUCGCUUGUAUGUUUUGUUUUGCCAAUACAGGUCAUGUCUAACGGUCAAAUUCCCCUGGGACCUCUUUUGGGAAACCAAAACAUACAAGCUAUAAAGAGAUCUAUUGACACUCUCUAAUAAUUGACUGGAGCUCUACUAAGCAUUGAAUGGUUUUUUUUUCUCCAUUCAUAACAGAUAUGAGCUGAUUACUGACUGUUGGAACGAAGACCCUUACAUUCGUCCCAGUUUCUACCGUUUGAUCGAAAAAAUGGAGGUGAUAAUGGAAAGGGAUGCACCAUAUUUGAAUGUAAACAAACACAAUGAAUAUCAUCCGUAUUACAACGUGCCACCUGAAGCUAGUGCUGAUUAA